CCUCCCCUCCGUCCGCCCUCUUCCCCCUCGGCGUCGACUCCUCUCCUCCUGCGCGACCAGGGCCGCCGUCGUCCUGCUGCAUCCUCGGCCCGCCGGUGAGCAAAGUUCCGACGUUAGAUCCGCGUCUGAGGUCCUCAUCGCCAUGGCCACCUUCGAGCUCUACCGGAGGUCCACCAUUGGUAUGUGCCUCACUGAGACGCUCGACGAGAUGGUCUCCAGCGGCACUCUCAGCCCCGAGCUUGCCAUUCAAGUGCUUGUCCAGUUUGACAAGUCGAUGACGGAGGCCUUGGAGAACCAAGUCAAGAGCAAGGUUUCUAUCAAGGGCCAUCUGCACACUUAUAGGUUCUGUGACAAUGUAUGGACAUUCAUCUUGACUGAAGCACAAUUCAAGAACGAGGAGACUACAGAGCAAGUUGGCAAGGUGAAGAUUGUGGCCUGUGAUUCCAAACUGCUCAGCCAAUAAAUUGAUAACUGUGAGAUCAGGGUUUGCCUGGUAUUGUUAGUCUCUUCUGCUAGACCUGGCUCCGCCUGAAUUGUACCACCACAUUGUUUCUUUCAUAAUCAAUGUGUGUAUACAAUCUUAUAUCCUACCAGAGUAUCACAGCAGCACCUGUUUCAAUUUGUAUGCUUGUGUAAUUGUUAUGCUACUGCUGUGUUGAUAAUGAUAUAAAUGACUAAACGAGGAUUAGUAGAAAUUGUGCGGAGUCACCCUCCUCCCCCUUCCUCA